CCGGUCGAGUUUGGACGAGGCGAAGCAGUUGCCUUGGAGAAUGAGACAGAAAUCCUGAGCAGUGGAUAUCCCUACAAAACCUCUAUACAAUCGACAAAUCCCCUGGCAUUUCAAUUUUCACCAUCGUCGGUUGUUAGAUUCAGUUUUGCAAAGGAGCUUUGUACGUUUCAGCUUCUCCAUUUUCUUGCUUUUCCACGUCCCGUAGUUUGAGGAUCUCGUGAGACAACAUGGCUUCCGUAAAUGAACCUCUAUACCCAAUAGCUGUUUUGAUUGAUGAAUUGAAGAACGAUGAUAUUCAAAUUAGACUGAAUUCGAUUCGCAAACUAUCCACAAUUGCACGCGCACUUGGGGAAGAAAGGACAAGGACGGAGUUGAUUCCAUUUCUCGGUGAGAACAAUGAUGAUGAUGAUGAGGUGCUUCUUGCGGUGGCAGAGGAAUUAGGCGCGUUUAUUCCAUAUGUUGGUGGCAUAGAGCACGCGGACGUGCUGCUCCCUCCAUUAGAAACGCUCUGCACCGUUGAGGAAACUUGUGUGAGGGAGAAAGCAGUGGAGUCACUAGGUAAAAUUGGAGCUCAAAUGAGAGAGAAAGAAAUGCUUGAAUACUUUAUCCCUCUUGUCAAGAGACUGGCUGCUGGUGAGUGGUUUACAGCUCGAGUUUCAUCAUGCAGCUUGUUGCAUAUUGCUUUCCCUCAUGCCCCAGAGACUAUAAAAACCGAACUGAGAACUUUAUAUGGUCAGCUGUGCCAAGAUGAUAUGCCUAUGGUUAGAAGAGCUGCUGCAACAAACCUGGGAAACUUUGCUGCUACUGUUGAAGCUGCUUACCUGAAAACCAAUAUCAUGUCCAUAUUUGAGGGCCUUGCACAUGAUGAUCAAGAUUCAGUUCGGCUACUUUCUGUUGAGGGUUGUGUAGCUCUUGGGAAAUUGUUGGAGCCUCAAGAUUGUGUGGCGCAUAUUCUUCCAGUUAUAGCCAAAUUCUCACAGGACAAGUCAUGGCGUGUACGCUACGUGGUUGCAGAUCACUUAUAUGAGCUAUGUGAAGUUGUUGGUCCUGAGUCCACCAGGUCAGACUUGGUUCCUGCAUAUGUUUGGCUACUGCAUGACAAUGAAGCUGAAGUACGCAUUGCUGCUGCUGGAAACGUGACCAAAUUUUGCCAAUUAUUAAAUCCUGAACUUGCUAUUCAGCAUAUUGUACCAUGUUUAAAGGAUUUAUCCACAGACUCAUCUCAGUAUGUUCGCUCUGCAUUGGCUUCAGUUGUAAUGGGAAUGGCACCACUUUUAGGGAAGGAGGUGACAAUUGAGCAGCUCCUCCCUAUUUUUCUUUCUCUUUUGAAAGAUGAAUGUCCUGAUGUCAGGCUGAACAUCAUCAGCAAGCUUGGCCAAGUUAAUCAGGUAAUUGGUAUUGACGUGUUAUCCCAGUCUCUAUUACCAGCUGUUGUUGAGCUUGCUGAAGAUCGACACUGGAGGGUUCGACUUGCCAUCAUAGAACAUAUACCUUUAUUGGCAAGUCAGUUGGGUGUAGGGUUUUUUUAUGACAAACUUGGACCCCUUUGCGUGCAAUGGCUUAAGGACAAGGUAUACUCUAUUCGAGAUGCAGCUGCUAAUAAUGUGAAACGCUUGGCAGAAGAAUUUGGACCAGAAUGGGCAAUGCAGCACAUUAUUCCUCAGGUUCUGGACAUGAUUAAUGAUCCACACUAUCUGAAUCGGAUGACCGUUUUGCAAGCAAUUUCUCUGCUAGGUCCUGUUUUGGGCUCUGAGAUUACCUGUUCUAAACUGCUCCCUCUGGUCAUCACUGCAUCAAAAGAUAGGGUUCCCAAUAUCAAGUUCAAUGUUGCAAAAGUGUUGCAGUCUUUUGCUCCAGUUGUUGAUCAUACUGUUCUUGAGCAGACUAUACGUCCCUGUUUGGUUGACCUCAGCGAGGAUCCAGAUGUUGAUGUUAGGUUCUUUGCCUCCCAAGCUCUUCAAUGUAGCAAUGAAAUCAUGGUAUCCAGUUAGAUCAAUCUGCAUAUUGUCAUAAUUUUUCCUCCCUCAUGUUUUUUCAAGUUUCUUAUGUAACUGGAAUCAAGUCAACUUGAAAAUUAUCACAUUGAUAUUUGUUCUGGGUUGAAAUGCGAUUAUACUAAUUGCUAUAUUGUUCAAACAUCACAGAAUGUAGAACUGAUGAGAAAUUUUUUGUAGAAUUUGUUUAAGCACA